AUGUCUGUCCAUGUGAUAUCUGACAUCCACAUGUCUGUCCAUGUGACACCUGACAUCCACAUGUCUGUCCAUGUGAUACACGACAUCCACAUGUCUGUCCAUGUGACACCCAACAUCCACAUGUCUGUCCUUGUGAUACCCGACAUCCACAUGUCUGUCCAUGUGACACCCGACAUCCACAUGUCUGUCCAUGUGAUACCCGACAUCCACAUGUCUGUCCAUGUGAUACCCAACAUCCACAUGUCUGUCCAUGUGAUACCCGACAUCCACAUGUCUUUCCAUGUGACACCCGACAUCCACAUGUCUGUCCAUGUGAUACCUGACAUCCACAUGUCUGUCCAUGUGACACCCGACAUCCACAUGUCUGUCCAUGUGAUACACGACAUCCACAUGUCUGUCCAUGUAACAGAACCAACAUCCACAUGUCACAAAUCUGUCCAUGUGAUACCAGACAUCCAUAUGUCUGUCCAUGUGACACCCGACAUCCACAUGUCUGUCCUUGUGACACCCAACAUCCACAUGUCUGUCCAUGUGAUACCCGACAUCCACAUGUCUGUCCAUGUGAUAUCUGACAUCCACAUGUCUGUCCAUGUGACACCCGACAUCCACAUGUCUGUCCAUGUGAUACACGACAUCCACAUGUCUGUCCAUGUGACACCCAACAUCCACAUGUCUGUCCUUGUGAUACCCGACAUCCACAUGUCUGUCCAUGUGACACCCGACAUCCACAUGUCUGUCCAUGUGAUACCCGACAUCCACAUGUCUGUCCAUGUGAUACCUGACAUCCACAUGUCUGUCCAUGUGACACCCGACAUCCACAUGUCUGUCCAUGUGAUACCCAACAUCCACAUGUCUGUCCAUGUGAUACCCAACAUCCACAUGUCUGUCCAUGUGAUACCCGACAUCCACAUGUCUGUCCAUGUGAUACCCAACAUCCACAUGUCUGUCCAUGUGAUACACGACAUCCACAUGUCUGUCCAUGUGAUACACGACAUCCACAUGUCUGUCCAUGUGACACCCAACAUCCACAUGUCUUUCCAUGUGACACCCGACAUCCACAUGUCUGUCCAUGUGAUACCUGACAUCCACAUGUCUGUCCAUGUGAUACCUGACUAUAAAAAUGGUGACCGUAUCGAAAAUGUGAGCACAACUGUCUCAAAUCAGAAGCCGUACAACAUGACCAUUAGUGGCAUUGCUCUGGAACAAAAAACGACUUAA